AUGCACCCUCCCCAGGGCAUCGAGAGUCUACUUCCCGCCGUCGAUGAUGCUUCUUCGCUAGCCCUCGCUCUUGACGCUCCUUCGACCGUCCUCAACAUGGCCACCUCCAUCAUCGCCUCCGCGACCGCCGCGGCCACUGCUACGGGUUCCGCGUCGCCGCAAUCCGAGGAUGGAUCACCCGGCGAGUGUUCAUUACUGGGACCUUUCGCCCUCCUCGUCCAGGGCGCGCUCGGCGCUCUGGCCUUGCUCUCGCUCGUCUACAAGCGCUGGCGGGAGAGGCCGCAGCGUCCCCUCAAGAUCUGGUUCUUCGACGUCUCCAAGCAGGUCUUUGGCUCCGUGCUUGUCCAUAUCGCCAACAUCUUCAUGUCCAUGUUGACAAGCGGUCGAUUCUCAGUCCAGGUGGAACCGGCGACAACAAAACUGGCUGCUCGGUCAGAUGAUGACUACGCCCCCAACCCGUGUUCCUUCUACCUCCUCAACCUCGCCAUUGAUACCACACUCGGAAUCCCCAUCCUUAUCGUCCUUCUCCGCGUCCUCACCGGUCUCGUCCGCUUCACCCCCGUUGGCCAACCACCCGAGUCUGUACAAUCAGGAAACUAUGGCAACCCGCCUAAUGCCUGGUGGUGGUUAAAGCAAUCAGUCAUCUACUUCUGCGGUCUUUUUGGCAUGAAGAUUUGCGUUCUUAUCAUCUUCAUCAUGAUGCCUUGGAUCUCUGUCGUGGGUGACUGGGCCCUCGGCUGGACAGAGGGCAAUGAGAAGCUUCAAAUUGCCUUUGUCAUGAUGAUCUUCCCCCUCAUCAUGAACGCCCUGCAGUACUAUAUAAUCGACUCCUUCAUCAAGCUCAAGGAGCCCGGCGACCACGAGCCCCUUGCCUCCGAAGACCCCGACGACGGCCGGCCUAGAAGGUACGACGAUAGCGAAGAUGAAACAUCACGCGUUAGGCUCGUGGACACAGAUCACGAGAGUGACAGUGACGCCGAUGACGAGGCUGCUAAGCUCCCUUCGCGGCCCCAAAGCAAAGACUCGGACGAGUAUGAUCCCGAGCGUGACGGCGAUGACCGGACAAUCAUAGGCAGCGGUUCGAGCUCACGCAACGAGUCGGGUAAGAUCGCACCUCCCGAGCUGUUCCCCAAGGAGUAA